AUGAGCGCAGUUAAACGCUACUGUACAAUGGUCAGGAACGAGACCUCCCUUCCCAAGUGGUUGGGCGGGUCCAGCGACGACGGGACUUUGGAUAAUAACUAUGCUGAUAGCACGGAUGGAUCGGAAACCAAGGAAGCUCCGGCUGCAGACGUUCAGAUCGCUGAAGAGAAGCCAAAAGCACAGUAUUGGGCUAUUGUUGCCACUGGUGCUGGCUUGUUCAGCGAUGGCUACGUCAAUAGUACAGUUGGUUUUGUCACGACCAUGCUUAAACGUAUUUACGGUGCAAAGGCCUUGAGUAAGUCUUCUGCCAUGUCCAACAUCUCGGCAAUCGCAUUUGCCGGCACUGUGGUCGGUCAACUUGGGUUUGGAUUCCUAGCCGACCACCAUUCUCGUAAAAUUGGUAUGAUUAUAUCCACAGGUAUCCUGAUUGUGUUCUCUAUUCUGCUGGCGGGAUCUUACGGUAUUGGUAUGCCUACAAACCCGCAAGGCAUGCUGGCUGCAAUGACUGUCUACCGAGCCUUUUUGGGUAUUGGUAUUGGCGGUGAAUAUCCUGCAGGAUCUGUCGCGUGUGCUGAGGUAUCCCAGAAACUUAGCAAAGGCAGCAGAAAUCGCUAUUUUGUGUGGUUCACCAACAGCAUGAUUGACUUUGGCUUUGUUAUGUCUGCAUUCAUUGCCUGGCUGUUGCUUUACAUUUGCAGCGUGCCCAGCUCGCCCGAUAGCGAUCACGGCCUGAGUGUUGCCUGGCGUGUUUUGUACGGUUUGGGUGCAAUCCCUCCGUUGUCGCUGUUGUAUCUCCGUUUGAAAUUCCAAGACGAUGAACAAUUCACAAAAAACAGUCUCAAACACAUUCGAACUCCUUACUGGACUAUUUUUAAAUAUUAUGGACCUCGUAUGAUUCUUGUGUCUCUUAUUUGGUUCAUCUACGACUUUUGUACUUACUCCUUUGGUAUCUUUUCACCGCAAAUCAUUGGCAUUGUGGUGAAAGAUAACAAUAUCCACACUACUUUUGGCUGGAAUACCCUGUUCUAUGUGUUUUAUCUCCCUGGUACUCUACUUGGCGCUUUUGCUUCUGAUUAUUUUGGUCCCCGUUUAACCUUAUUCACGGGGGCAGUCUUGCAGGGCAUUGUUGGAUUUAUUAUGACAUCUCAGUACGCCACGCUGAUCGAGCAUGCUGCUCCGUUUAUUGUUGUAUUUGGUGUCUUCACCGCUCUAGGUGAAUUUGGUCCCGGUAACAAUAUCGGCUUGAUUGCGUCCAAAUCUUCAGCAUCCGCUAUCCGUGGUCGCUAUUACGGUAUCUGUGCUGCGGUGGGUAAAAUCGGUGCAUUUGUUGGUGGCUAUGCUUUCCCUGCUAUCGCCGACCACUAUGGUGGUCUAGACAGCUUCCAAGGCCAAACUACCUUGUUCUACGUCUCCUCUGCUCUGUGUAUUUUCUCGGGUCUUCUUGUUCUAUUGUUACCUCCUCUCGGCCAAACUGCGGUUGCCGAUGAAGACAGAAAGUUCCGCGAGUAUCUGGAGUCGCAAGGUAUCGAUACCUCUAUGAUGGGCCAUGAGAUCAAAGACACUGAGUACACCACUACUCACAUUGAGAAUGUGAAAGAAUAUUAA